UCUAAUCUGUGCGCUAUACUUAUAAAUCUACUGUUUGUAUUAUCUGAAUUAGAUGUGAAAAUGUUAGAAAUAUGUGUUAAUUUAUGUUUUACAAUUUUAUUUUUGCUUCAUCCAUAUGGAGCUAGUAUCCAAAAACAUAAUGUAUUGAUUAUUUUAAUCGAUGAUCUCCGCCAUCUAUCGGACAAAGAUAUUUUUUUGCCAAACAUCGAUAAAAUAGCGGCAAAUGGAAUAAAUUUUGAAAAUGCCUAUGCCCAGCAAGCCUUAUGUGCACCAAGCCGAAAUUCAUUACUAACUGGACGCCGACCAGAUUCGCUGCGUCUAUAUGAUUUUUAUAAUUACUGGCGAGUAAAAGUCGGUAAUUUCACAACCAUACCACAAUUUUACAAAGAAAAUGGGUUUGAAACGUAUUCUGUGGGUAAGGUUUUUCAUCCAGGGGCGAGUUCAAACUUUACCGAUGAUUACCCUUUAAGUUGGUCUCAUGUACCAUACCAUCCUCCAACUGAACAGUAUAAAGAUGCAGCUGUCUGCAAAGAUAAAGAAACAUUGAGAUAUCAAAAAAAUUUAAUAUGCCCAGUUAAAGUGGAAAUUCAACCAGGGAAAUCAUUACCUGACCUAGAAUCACUGGAACAUGCAAUUAGGAUAAUCAACGAGCGAAAUUCCAGCAAGCCAUUUAUGUUGGCAAUUGGUUUCCAUAAACCGCAUAUUCCUUUAAAGUUUCCCAAAAAAUAUCUUGAGAGAGUUCCAAUACAAACAGUACAUCCUCCGCAACAGCCGAACAAGCCCGAAGGGUUACCGACGGUCUCCUGGCACCCUUGGACUGACGUACGUCACAGGGAUGACAUAAAGCGCCUAAACAUAUCGUUCCCUUAUGGCACAAUGCCUACUGAUUGGACUUUGAGAAUAAGACAGAGUUACUAUGCCGCUGCCACUUAUAUUGAUGAUUUGGUUGGAAAAUUAAUGGCCGCCGUGAAUAAAAACAACACCAUCGUGCUUUUAACAAGUGAUCAUGGUUGGUCGUUGGGAGAAAACGGUUUAUGGGCGAAGUACAGUAAUUUCAAUGUCGCAUUGAAAGUGCCUUUAAUAUUCAACGUGCCAGGAAUGCCGCACAAAUCAAUAGAAACUCCAGUUGAACUAAUCGACAUAUUUCCAACAUUGGCCGAGCUCAGUGGCUUGUCUAGCAAUAUACCAAAAUGUACUUGUGAUGAUAAGAGACUGUUGUGUUUUGAAGGGAACAGUUUAGUGUCUUUAAUGGGUAUGAAUAGGUUUAAUAUAAGUGUAAAGUCAAAAUCAUUCGCUCUUAGCCAAUAUCCACGGCCUAGUGUACACCCUAAAUCCAAUUCUGACAAACCACGGUUGAAAGACAUAAAAAUCAUGGGUUACAGUAUUAAAACAAAACGGUUCAGGUACACUGAAUGGAUAUCUUUUAAUAAUACAUUAUUUACAAGGGAUUGGAACAAAGUUUAUGCCCUAGAACUAUAUGAUCACAGCUUUGAUCCAGAGGAAACAAAGAAUGUCUAUUUGCAACCAAAAUAUAAGAGAAUAGUGAAAUAUUUAUCAACAAUACUAAGAUCACGAGUAAAUAUUUGCGACAAUUAGAAAAGUACGUGACGUCGGAAUAAAUACCAGCUGGGUAAACAUACUCAAUGUAUUGCUUUGGUGUGUCGAAAAUAUUUAACAACUAAGGUGGCGACUUUGGCUUUGUGACAUUAAUUGACGCAUUAAGAAUUAAAACUGCG